AUGCCUCCAAAACGGACCAGAGGGAAAGCUCCUCAGGUCUCAGGUCAGAACAGAGGACUGAAAAGUCAGAGAAAGGCGGAACAGCAACAGAAGAACCGUGACCUUCUGGAGGGGAAGAGGAAAGUGGCCAGUCUCGAUAAAAGAGCAAGGAAGCGCAAAGGUACCACUGCCCCCCAGAGAACCUGCUUUGGAGAGAACCCAAACAUCUGCACCGAGUGCGGGCAAACCUUUGCCCAGAGCUCAGAUCUAAUUAACCACCAGAGAAUCCACACGGGCGAGAAGCCCUACAAAUGCCCCGACUGUGGGAAAGUGUUCAGUAUCAGUUCCAGCCUGAGCAGGCACCAGAGAAUCCACACUGGGGAGAAGCCGUACCUUUGCUCUGAGUGCGGGAAAAGCUUCACCGACAAGUCUACCCUGGUUCAGCACCACAUGCGCAUCCAUACGGGGGAAAAGCCCUUUGAGUGUAACCACUGUGGGAAAUGCUUCAAUGUCAGCUCCAACCUGAUCAGGCACAAGAGAAUCCACACGGGGGAGAAGCCCUACACCUGCUCUGACUGCGGGAAAAGCUUCACCGACAAGUCCACCCUCACCCAGCACAACCGCAUCCACACGGGGGAGAAGCCCUACACGUGCACUUACUGUGGGAAAAGCUUCAGCCGCAGCUCCCACCACAAGAGGCACCAGCGCAUCCAUGCAGGGGAAAACCCGGUCUCUCUUCUGCCCUUGUGGCCUUACCCUAACCAAAUGUACUAAGAGUCAUG